GACGUGUGACAUUAAAAUGAAUUCAUUAAAAAUGCAAACACCCAGUUGUUUUUUUUAUGAAGCCCAAGAACCUAUUUUGAAAUUAAUCCACUAGACUGUACUUCCUGUUGUCAGACAUAGAUAUAUACACGGCUUCAGCGACUCGUCUUAGACAGUCAAACCACAGACAUCAGAGGCCUUACACUUACGCUUGUUUCAUCUUAUAUCGAAAAUGGUGUGGAUGCCUUGUAUGUUGUUGAUGCUCAUAGGCAUUGCAAAAGGAAGAAGCAUCACAGAGACGAGAGAAGCAGCUAGCUGUUAUACGACUUACGUAAUAUCCACGACACACCAUGAAUGCAUCAGCGACAGUGAUUGUGAUACUUACAUGUCAUGCUGCCAGAACUCAGGGGCAGACUACUCGGUCUGUGUUCCUCACAAAGACCACGUGCUUCCGAAAGAGAAAUCCCAUCAGUCCCUUAGUAACGGGCAGAAAAUGCACCAUAAAGACAAAGGCCACGUUUUUCAUUUGCCACAGCCCUCCCCUAUUCCUAUUCCUAUUCUUGAGAAGGCAACUCAUAAAAGCAAGUCAUGAAAAAAUUGAACUAUCCACUCAUGAAAGCAAAUCAUGAAAAAAUUGAUAUUAUCUUAAUAUCGCACGCUACCUCUUAAAGCAGAAAUUCCUAUGGGUGAAAGAACGGCGUUCUAUUAAGCAUUGUACGGGUAUGUCUGUUUGCAAGUUACAUAAAAUGUAUGGAGAGGAGAUUCCAUAUCUGUUUUGAGCUUGUCUUCAUGUGGAGAAUGAAAAGUUUUUUGGCAGAGUGUUUGGUAGAAAUGAGCAAGCAGAGAAGAGAGACCGAUGGUCUGAGCAUGUUGGCCAACCCAUAUCUGUAUGCAAAACAGAACUGGAUCCAGAUGAUAAAUGCAACCACUUGUGUAAUUUGCAAUUUUGUUUAAAUUAAUGUCAAGUGCCCAAGAGAGGAUGAUGUAUAUUAAAUGACAGUGUAUUGUCUUCAUUACAACUGAGAGGAGUGAAAUAUGUACGUGCAUCUGGUACUUUUGUUGUUUUAUACAAGAUGUAUGUUGGUAAUAAAAACGUAACAUGUCA